AUGCAUCGUUUUGGGUCGGGGACUUUUGUAGCCACGGGCUGGGAGCGGUCCGGCCAGGAGCGAGCCCCUCGUGGCCGCCGAGGGCCAGCACCACCCACGCCCUUUGGCCCUCCUAGCACGCGUUCUCGGCCGAUUACGCUCUGCCGGGUGGCAUGGCUGCAUGUGCAGGGGGGGCUCGAUGCCGGAAGGGGGACCAACUCAACUCAAACACCACCCGCGUUUUCUGGGGUUGCGAACCACGCUUUGAUCUGGGGGACUUUGCCAUGGUCGUCUUCCCUGUAUGUCGACUUGACAUUGGACGCCAGGAGAAAGCGGAAGCUUCCCGUCUAUAGAGGGCUCGCACUGUAUUUGGUCGAAGUCAAUGUCGCCGAUGUUUCUGACGAUAGCUCCGUACACAAAGACUGCUGGGGCUUCGAAAGGCUACGUACCAUCUCCUCAAAGCUCGGUGUCACCUGUCGCGAGGUAAGACUGGUAGCUGGCCGACUGCACCCAUCAGGAGAUGCGGCGUGCAAAGGGCACUGCUACUCGACGCAAGUCAAAAAUAGACCACCUCUUGAAAGGAAGAACUACAUGUCUCCGGAUCACGGAACAGGCGCGCUGGAAAGCAACGGCACUCAGGCGCCGUCGCUCUCCCGUUUUCCGCCUCAAUACCCCGGCCUGACCGCACGCGCUACGACCUGCAAUGUGGCACAUCCGCCCUCGUGGCGAGCAAAGUUGUGCUCACCUGGUGGUCCUGGCCCUGUCAGCCAGGUCCAGUGUGUGCUGCGUGACAGGCAGCCCAUGCGUGGGCUGCCUCCAUUCUCUCAUGUCCCGCGCACCAUCAGCUGGGCGGUGAUGCUAACCAUCACCUCGGGCUGA